AUGGCUUUCAAAUUAACAGUCUUCUCUGUUUUCUUCAUAAUCACUGCGAUUGUCAGCAUUUCCUUCGUUAAAACGGAACCCGCUAUCGCCGUGAGCUUCGACCCGAUGGAGAUCUGCAUCGAGAACUGCGCCCAGUGCAAGAAGAUGCUUGGCUCUUGGUUCGAUGGACCCUUGUGUGCCGAGUCAUGUAUACGUCACAGAGGUAGGCUUGUCCCCGAUUGCGAAGAUUACGCUUCCAUAGCGCCCUUCCUCACAAAGAUU